AAACCUGUUUGUGUUGUGUGGGGUCUGUAGAGCUGCACAGAGAGAGAGAGAGAGAGAGAGAGAGAGAAAGAGACAGAUCCUUUAGAGCUCUGGAACCAGUUUAAGGUAAAGUAGUGUAAGGGCCUGGGCAAGGUCAUGAAGCGCAGGUCAAAAGAGAAAAGUCAGGAGAAAGCGGCCAGCCGUUUGCUCAGUAUUCAGGAAAAUGAAAGAGUGGAUGAUCUGCUGGGCAGGAGGUGUGUGUCUCUGUGUACGACGGUGGUUCAGUUGUUCAUGGCCCUGCCACACAGCCCCAACAGCUGGAGUUUGCAGCAAACCGGAGUGCUUUGCUUCGUAAAGGACAAUCCUCAGCGCUCCUACUUCAUUCGCCUCUACAACAUCACGGCAGGUAAACUAGUAUGGGAGCAGGAGCUCUUUAACCAGUUCAUAUACAACAGAUCCAGGCCCUUCUUCCACACUUUCCAGGCAGAUGAUUGCCAGGUAGGCCUGAAUUUUGCAAACGAAGAAGAAGCUGAAAACUUUUUCUCUAUAGUGGAUGAGAAGAUCAAUCAGCGAAGUAAAAAUUUCGAAAAACGCCAAGGAAAAGGCCCUACUCUCAGUCGAGAUGAUACAUUGCCACCACUACCUCCAAAUGGUUCUGGAAGUCUGAAUCUACUUCCAUUGGGAAAUAUUCAGAAUCAAGCACCACCUGCCAAGUCAAAGAAAGACAAAAAGGAGAAGGACAAAAAGAACAAAAAGAAGAGCUCUAAAUUAUCCAAGGCAUUAAUUGGAGCACCAAGUGGUUUUACUCAUGUUGGCCAUCUUGGUAUGGACAACAAUAGCAUGGAUCCAGAUUUGAUGAAGCUGCUAUCACGUGCUGGAAUCAGUGAGGCAGAUUUGAGAGACUCUGAGACCUCACAACUUAUCUACGAUGUCAUUGAGCGCUCGGGUGGAAUGGAAGCAGUCAAGAUGGAAUUGAACAAGGAGGAACGGCCUCCACCUCCACCUCCUAGUACUCGUCGGACUUCUCUUCCCCCACUGCCUCCUGGAUCAUCCUCCUCUUCCGUUCCCUCUCAAGCUCGUUUAGGGCCCUUACCACCUCCUCCUGGAGGAACUCCAUCCCCUGGCAGGUCCGCUUCAGUACGCUCCCUACCACCCACACCUUCAGGAGGGCACACAGGACCCUUACCACCACCCCCAGUGGCACAAGGAGGACGUCGAGGGCCUUUACCCCAACCCCCAGGGUCGCAGGUUGCACCUUCAGCAAGAAGUGGACCCCUACCACCGGUACCAGGAGGGCAUGGUGGUUCCCUUCCCCCUCCACCAGUAGAUCGGGGUGUUCCUCCAACAUCUUCUAAUUUUCCACAUAGUGGGUCCUUACCUCCUCUUCCUAAAAGGGGUAGUGGACCUACACCUCCACCUCCAGGACAGCGAAGUGCACCACCACGCCCAGUAUCAAGAAAUGAAAGUGGCCCCAUGCCUCCUGGACAGUCUGGAUCUUUCCCACCUUUACCAGGAAGACGGACUGGAUCCUUACCCCAGCCUCCAAACGAUGAAUGUUAUUUGCUGCCACCCCCAACACUCCCUGAAGAUUUCCCUGAAGAGUUUUCUGAUAUGACCCCACAAUACAGUGAAGAUUUACCACCACCGCCUCUUCCGUUUGAGUCCUUCCCACCUCCACCUAUUGAUAACACACCCACUUCUAACAAGGUCCCAUAUCCUCCAUCAGCUAUUUCUAGCGGAGGAGGUCCACCUCCUCCUCCUCCUCCACCUCCUCCACCUCCUGCUGCCCCAGCACCCAGUUUGGCUGGCGGGCCUCCACCUCCUAAACCCAGCAGUGGGGGAGGAGGCAGAGGUGCAUUACUGGACCAGAUACGCAUAGGGACAAAGCUAAAAACAGUAACUGCCAGCCCUGAUCCUCCCCCAUCUGCUGCAGCGGAUUCAGGAGAGGGAAUAGUAGGAGCCCUUAUGAUGGUCAUGCAGAAGAGAAGUAAAGUCAUUCACUCAUCAGAUGAAGGAGAUGAAUUUGAUGAUGAUGACGAUGAAGAUGAUGAAUGGGAUUAAUUUGAAACCGAGUGAUGAACUGUGUCCCAAUGAGCAUUAGCACACCUACACAGUUCAAAUGGUCAAUCAUUUCAGUAACCGAAUCAUUUCACUUUGGCUAUUUCAAUCAACUUGUUUUUUUUUUUCAGUAAACUAUUAAAUUACAAAGUAAAGCAA